GCUCACUGUAACUCGGCUGAACUCAUAUCUGCUAUCAGCAUGCCCUACAACUGUUACCCUAGGAACUUCUCUUCCCGCUCUUGUGGGGGCUUCCUGCGCCAAUCGGGUGCCUUCUGUGGCUCUUCCUACCCCAGCAACCUGGUCUACAGCACGGACCUCUGCUCUCCCAGCACCUGCCAGCUGGACUCCUCCCUCUACACCGGCUGUCAGGAGACCUGCUGUGAGCCCAGCAGCUGCCAGACGUCCUGUGUGCUGUCCAGCCCCCGCCAGAUGUCCUGCUACCGCCCCAGGACCUCCUUGCUCUGCAGUCCCUGCCAGACGACUUACCCUGGAUCUCUGGGCUUUGGGUCCAGGAGCUGUUCCUCCCUGGGCUGUGGAUCCAGUGGUUUCAGACCCCUGGGUUAUGGAGGCUGUGGCUUCCCUACCUUAGGCUACGGAUAUGGAUUCUGCCGCCCAUCCUACCUGGCUUCUAGCCAGUCUUCUUGUUACAGACCAACCUACAGAUCAACCUUCUGUAGGUCAACAUGUUGAAUUUUGAGGCCCUUUAAACAAAAUGUCUCAGUCUCUACUUAGCGCGGCUUGUGUAGGCUUUUCCAGCAGUGUUGUCUAACUCCUCUCGCCUCCAGCUCUUCAUUCUCUCUCUGGAUUCAGACACUGGCUGACAAACUAGCUCUUUCAGAUUGUAAAAUUAAUGAAUGAUGAAACAUAGAGUCAAAUGUCUGUAACUUUGAAACAAGUGAUUCAUUAUCACAUAAACUCAUAAAAUGUAUGGAAGUUUGGGUUUGUUUGACCUAAUAAAUUCAUUUCC